CAGGGGAAACGAGAUAGCACUUUGGGACGUCGAUAAGAUCUCGGUACGUCAUGGUACCAAAAUUGUUCCUGCUCGGCUCUCACAAAGUUAAAAGGUAGUGAGAGUCGAAUCGAAAUACAACGAGGGGGGAUCGAAUAGUUUUUCUUCGAAGAAUCCUAGAAGAUUCUGUAAACGGUUUAUCAUGAAGAAUUGGGUCAUACGUCAUUUUAAAUCGUCGAAGGCGAUUUAAAGAAACACAAAGCCGGAUCUCGAACAAACUUUCUCUCUGGAAAGACAGUGCGCAACGAUCGAACGAGAAACCAAUUGAACUUUGUUAAGAUUAAAAGCUACAAACUUGUCAGAAGCUAAGAAUCCUAAAAAUGGUAACGUGAGAUCUAAAGAGAACGAGACAGAAGAAGGAGCCGAUGAAGGCGAGAAAAAAUCGUUGAAAAGACGAAACGAAGGUAGUCCGAAAUAAUGGAAACAAGUUUCGAAACAUUAAACGCGACCAGUUACUACGAUGCUGGUGUAUUACUGGAUAAUUCGUCGAUUAACGAAAAUUUUGAGAAACCGCUCGAAUGCAAAGUGGAAAUCAAUUCGACCGGCCUGUUCGAUUUCAUUAUUAACGGGGUGCUAAUGAACUUGGUCAGUAUUUUUGGGAUAUUUGGCAACGCGAUCUCGAUGAUCAUACUUUCGAGGCCGCAAAUGAAAUCGUCGAUUAAUUACCUCCUAAUUGGUCUAGCCAGAUGCGAUACAGUGUUGAUCGUCAAUUCGGUAUUGAUUUACGGGUUGCCAUCGAUUUAUUCGUACACCGGUUACUUAUUCAACUAUAAAUUCAUCAUUUACCCGAAAAUAAUUCGAUUCUUGUAUCCGCUAUCGUGUAUGGCGCAAAUAGCAACCGUGUACCUAACUUUAACCGUCACGCUGGAGAGGUAUAUCGCAGUCUGUCAUCCUUUGAAAGCGAGGUCUUUUUGUACCUACGGAAGAGCUCAACUGGCUGUAGUGGUUAUCGUGAUAUUCUCCUUUAUUUAUAAUUUACCCAAAUUUUGGGAGGUAGAUUUCUACACGGAGAAACACUGGAAAUACAACGUUACGAUAUACUGCCUACAUCCGGCGGAUUUAAGAAACAACAGUUUAUACGUUACCAUUUACGUCCACUGGAUGUACUUCUUCAUUUGCUACCUGUUUCCGUUCCUGGCUUUGGUGAUCUUCAACGCAGCCAUCUAUCGAAGGGUAAGAAAAGCGAACAGAGACCUACAACAGCUUUCGAGGCAUCAAAGACGCGAGAUCGGCCUGGCGACGAUGUUGUUGUGCGUAGUAAUCGUUUUUCUUAUAUGCAACAUCCUUCCGCUCGCUUCGAACAUCCACGAGACUUCGUUCCUGACCGAUCCGCCUCUGUGGUUGGUGGAGACCGGUAAUCUUCUCGUCACGAUCAACAGCAGCAUCAAUUUCAUCAUCUACGUGAUCUUCGGCAGGAAAUUCAAGAGGAUAUUCUUGAAAUUGUUCUGCAGCUCGAAUCUGUUCGGUCCAGGAAGGGACAGUCCAGAAUUCCAAACGUACGACGAGUCGAUCGUCACCAACAUGACCAACAUAGAACCUAGGAACUCGAUCAGAAAUUAUCACCUGAACAGGUCGAGUACGUUCAGAAACAACAACGUGCCGAACGGUAGCACGCGACAAAGUUUGAAAAUUAGCGGAAGACCCGCCAGUCCGGGUCCCUGUGUCUAUUAUCCUGCGAGGAGUCCUGUGAGAAGCCCUAGUCAAAUGUCUAGGACGUCCAGCAGCCAAAACGGAUGGAGCAAAAAGGACAUGGACUCCGUGCUGUAGUAGAUCCCGCAUUAUCCGAUUCCGAUAAGUCCACCGACCAUUUUUC